AUGAGGGUCAGAUCAGCAGCGCUAGCGCUAGGAGCCUGGCUGGCAUGGUCAGGCACACCUGUGCGAGCAGAGGAGGAGACGCUGCAGUUCCAGUCGGACGUAGCUCGGCUCAUGCGAGUGGUCGUGUCACACCUCUACCAUCACAGAGAUGUCUUCCUACGAGAGCUUGUCUCCAACGCAGGCGACGCUCUCGAGAAGCUGAGGUUCCAGGCUCUCACGGACAGUACCAUCUUGACAGAUUCGGAUGCGCCUUACCUGAAUAUAUCCAUCAAGACGGAUGCCAACACGAAGACGCUCACGAUUACCGACUAUGGCAUCGGUAUGAGCAAGGAGGACCUCACGAAGAACCUGGGAACGAUCGCUAGAUCGGGUACAUCAGAAUUCUUGAGCAAGCUCGAGUCUGGCGAGGGCAAGACCGGCGCAGGCGCCAACCUCAUCGGUCAAUUCGGCCUGGGCUUCUACUCUUCCUUCCUCGUCGCAGAUCGCGUGCAAGUUGCCUCGAAAGCCAACAACGAUCCCGUUCAAUGGGUCUUUGAGAGCGAGGCAGACGCGGCAGAGUUCAAAAUCAGAGAGGAUCCUCGCGGCAUCACCCUCGGCAGAGGCACAGAGAUCACUCUGUUCCUCAAAGAUGAUGCGCAAGAGUACCUCGGCACAGACAAGAUCAAGGAACUUGUGGCAAAGCACUCUGAAUUUGCCACGUCUGCACCCAUCUAUCUCUGGACAUCGACGACGGGUACCAUCCCACGGGAUGACGAAGACACUCGCCAGUCAGCCAUCGAUGACGCUGCCGAGCCUGAGUUUGAUGAAGAUGGCAACAUUAUCGAGAAGCCAAAGAAGAAAGCCGCCGACACGCGGGUGACUGUUCAAAAGUGGUCGAGGAUCAACGAUCGUCCUCCUAUCUGGAUGCGAGAUCCAAAGAAUGUCACCUCGGAAGAGUACAUCUCCUUUUACAAGAACGUCCUCAACAAGGACAGCAACCCAAUUCCAGAAGAAGGGCCCGAACCGGCCAUGUGGACCCACUUCUCCGGCGAUGCAGGCAGAACAUCCUUCAAGGCACUCAUCUAUGCACCCAAGACUAUCGUCGGCGACUUCUACACAAAGUCUUACCAGUCGCAGAAUUCUGCGCGUCUCUACGUCAAACGCGUCUUCAUCACCUCUGAUUUGGGCGACGAGUUCUUGCCAAAGUGGCUGAACUGGGUCAAAGUCGUCAUCGACGCCGACGAUCUGCCGCUCAAUGUUGGCCGUGAUACACUCCAGCACAAUCGCUCACUCAAGCAGAUUCAGAGCGCCAUCCUGCGAAAAGCGAUCGAGAUGUUCACAAACGCUGCCAAGAAUGAUCCCGCAACGUACAAGGAGUUCCAUACGUAUGCUGCGACACCCUUCAAGCUAGCACAUGCCGAGGACAAGAAGCUCGCACCCCGACUGCUCAAGCUCAUCCGAUUCAGAACCAGCGUCGACGAUUUCACUUCCCUCGAUGACUACGUGUCUCGCAGGAAGCAGGGCCAGACGCAGAUGUACUACAUGGCGGGAGCAGGACAGAGCAAGGAGAUCCUCGAGAAGAGCCCUUUUGUCGAGACGGCUCUCGCGCGCGGAUACGAAGUGCUCUACCUGACGGAACCCAUGGACGAGAUAAUCGCUUCUUCUGUGCCGGAGUACGAAGGCAUGAAGUUCCAGGACGUCGCCAAGAAGGGACUCAUCUUUGGCGACGAAGACGAUGAUGACUCAAAGGCUGCAGAGGCAGAGCUCAAGGAGGAAUACGAACCUCUUGUGGCUUACCUUAAGAAGGAGCUGGACGCAUCCGUUAGCGAAGUUGUGUUGAGCACGCGAUUGACGACCAGUCCUUGUGCCGUCACCGCAGACUCGUACGCCUGGACUGCCAACAUGGAGCGUCUCAUGGCAGCACAGAGUGGCAAGACUGGCGAAGAUUUUAUGACCAAGUUCAUCCGCGAAUCCAAGCGUAUACUCGAGAUUAACCCGCACCAUCCUCUCAUCAGGGGCUUGCUCGAAAAGGUUGCCGAUAUCGAAGACAACGCAACAGCAGCUGCUGACUUGAGCGAGCUGACCAACAUUCUCUGGGACACUUCUCUCGUCAAAUCUGGCUACAACGUCAAGGACGCGAACCUGUACUUCUCUCGCAUCGAGGCCUUGCUUAGACGAUCACUUGGCGUGAGCGAAACCGCUCAGCCUAAGGUCGAUGUCAAGCCAGCACCUCCAGUAGACCCGUCGCCUAUCACUCAAGCUGCUGAAGCUGUCUCUGAUGCAGCAGACAGCGUGAAAGCCAAUAUCGAAGAGCAAGCGAAGAAUUGGCCAGAUUGGAAGGAUCUGAAGGACAAGAUCACGCCUGACGCACUCAAAGAAGCGCCGGCCGAGGAGCCAGUUAGCGAGCAUGACGAGCUCUAA